UUCGAACGAGAACGGUUCGUUUAGCGGUCGCAAGCAGCGAAUGAAAAAUAAAAGCCGUCGCCGUUUCGAGUGCGCCGUAUGAGAGUAGCAAAAGAGACCAACGCAAAUAAAAUCGUGGACGUCGCGCACGAGUGUAAGCGAGAGCGAGUGCGCAGCAGUUGCACGCCCAGUGAGAGUUAGUGUGCGAGCGAGACAGCAUUGUGGCAGCCACUGAGCGCGCAGUAGACAAAAAGGAAAACGUAAAAUAGCCAGCAGAGGGCAGGCAGUUGGCCGCAGUCAAUGUAAAUAGGCGUUGCAUAUGUGUGUGUACGAGUAAAUAAGACAGCGUAGGCAGCGCCGCAGCAGUGGUCUCAUCAGUUGAACGCGAAACGUUGAGUCGAGCAGACGUGCGCGCAUAUUCGCCGCCAAAUCAUAAAGUGCUUCAACUUCACAGCCAAAGUACAUGGAUUAAGUGUAAUGAAAUAACAAUAAAUAAAUAAAAAAUAUUUAUAAAUAUAAAAAUAGUUAAUUAAAUAAAUCAUAUAUAGCAACCAAAUAUUGGAAACGUUGCUUACUAGAAAUUUCCUUUGUGUCUCGUGUGACAAAUGCCGCAACAACAACGAUAGCUGUGGCCAGCAAACAGCCUGCGCUUUAUAUACACAACGACGUCUAUGUAAACGUCGCAGUCGCAGUCAACAUCGCAGUGCGCGUCAGCAGCGUUUCUGAGCUCGUGUGUGUGUGUGUGCGGAAAACAUAAGGCAAAGCAUAAUACACAAUAAAGGUGCACACGAAAGCAAAUAACCCAAAGUGACAGCCGCAGCAGCGCUCGAGUUUCUAUGCUGUGCGAGUAUUAGUGUGUGUAUGUGUGUGUGUUGAGAAAUAUCAAAAGCAACGAAGUAGCGGAGUAAAGUGUAAAGCAAGCAAUAAAACGUAGCAGCGCAAACAGCUGAAGCUGAAGCUGAAGAAAGAAAGGCACAAGAAAAAUUGUUGAAAAUCUAAUUAAAACGAAACGCAGAAAUUAUAUGUGUGUAUAUUUGUGAAAGUGUGCGUGGAAAUAUGCCAAUAGCUGCACAUUGGAUUAUUACAACAACUACAACAACAACAAUAGCAACUGCUGCAUCGCGUUUUGGAUUACGUUAAAUACUUGCAGCAAUUGGAUAAAAACAACAACAACAACACAAAAUGCCGCGCAUUCAACUGGAUUAGCAGUCAAUUCUACACACAGAAACAAAAGCGAAUUUAGCGCGACUUCUAUUAUUAUUAUUAUUAUUAUGAUGACGCCGGAGUCGAAGGCAACAACAGCAACAGCAACAACAACAAUGGCGAAUACACAAAAGCCAGCAGCUGCGUCGGCCUCUUCGUCGUCGCCGCCGUCGCUGCAUUUGUCAACACUGGCAUUGGCUGCGAAUGGGCAGGCGACUAAAGCGACGAAGGCGGGCAAAAGCUUUGUCAGCAAUCUGAACAACAACAACAACAACAACAGCAGCAGCAAAAAGCAUGCAAUAAAUAUAACGGCUACAAGUGCUGAUAAAAUGCAAAUGCAAAAGCAGCAGCAACAACAACAACAACAAAACAGUGUAGCAAACGGCAUUAAAAUAAAAAGUGAAAACAGAGCAACAACAACAACAACAGCAACUAAUGCAUUCACACAAUGCACAACAGCAACUGCAGCAACAGCAAACGCGCUGCUCGAGUGCAGCAGCAACAAUAACAACAAUAACAGCAGCAACAGCAUUAAGAAAGAAUCAACACCUCCAGCAGCAGCAACAACAGCAACAACAACAACAGCCGCUGUUGUGGAGGGUUCAUCAUUCGCCUCGUCAUGUUCAUCAUCCUCCUCCUCGUCAUCUUCGUCCGCCUGGUCCAACAUUGAGGACGCCAACAGCAACGGCGGCGCCUCCGCGGACGAGGAGCACGCAAACGAAGAGGCGCCAUCAGCUGCUGCAGCAGCAGCAGCAACAACAACAGCAGCAACAACAGCAGCAACAACAUCGUCAACAACAUCGAUGAUGACAACGCCACGCCCCGUGCUUCUAACGGCCGUCAAUGCGCACAUCAUUUGCCACUUGUGCCAGGGCUAUCUGAUCAAUGCGACGACCAUCGUCGAAUGUUUGCACUCGUUCUGCCACAGUUGCCUCAUCAAUCACCUGCGCAAGGAGCGCUAUUGUCCUCGCUGCGAGAUGGUCAUCAACAAUGCCAAGCCCAACAUCAAAUCUGAUACCACAUUGCAGGCGAUUGUCUAUAAGCUCGUGCCGGGCCUCUAUGAACGGGAGCUGAUGCGUAAGCGCGCCUUCUACAAGGAUCGUCCACAGGAGGCGGCCCUGGCCACGCCCGAACAGCGGGGCGACGAUACCGAACAUCUGAUAUUCGGUCCCUCCGAUGAUAUGUCCCUGUCGCUGGAAUAUGCUGAACUAGGCGAAUUGAAUGCCGAAUCGGCUGUGGAAUUCGGGGAUACCCUGCGCCCGCGCUAUCUGCAAUGCCCGGCCAUGUGCCGGGUGAGUCACCUGAAGAAGUUCGUCUACGACAAGUACGAGAUCGAUGCGCAGCACUUCAGCAUCGACAUCAUGUACAAGGUGAAGACCAUUGUGCUGCAGGACUACUACACGCUCAUGGACAUUGCCUACAUCUACACGUGGAAGCGGGACGCCCCAAUGCGUUUCUAUUUCCGCGUCUACGAAUCGCCGCAGCCUCCGAUGAAGCCGUCGUUGCCUAUGACGGUGCCUGCCAAGCCGCAGGUGAAACAGGAGCUAGCCACACCAGUAGGCACGCCCACUUCAUCGCCCCCCGCUGCGGCACUCGUCAAGUCGCCUUCUCCCUCACCCUCACCACCAGCCGCAGCAGCAGCAGCAGCUGCAACGGUUCAGCCGCCCGCCCGCAUCAAGCUGGAGCAGCCGCAGGAUGAGUUCCGCAUUGCGCCCAAAUUGGCCUCGCCGACGGAGCAGUCUCUCAAACUCUUCAUCAAUCGCAAUCAGCUGGAGAAGCAGGAGAAAUUGCCGCACGAGCGACAUCAUCAUCAUCAUCAUCAUCAUUCGCCAAAGGCUGCCAAGAGCUCACCGACCACGCCCACCGGCAACUACAACAAGGAGGAGCCGAACAUAAAGCUAAAGAUUGAUCUGUCCAAGCAGAACAGCGUGACAAUCAUCAACAUGUCCGAUCCGGAGCGCAAGGAGAUUGUGAAGCCGUUAAAACCGGAGAAGGAAUCGCGCUCCAAGAGCAAAAAGGACAAGGAUGGCAGCCCCAAAUCCUCCUCCAGCAGCAGCAGCUACUCCUCCUCCUCAUCGUCCUCCUCCUCCUCCAGCAGCGAACGCAAACGCAAGAGCCCCUCCCCGCUGACCGUGCCCCCGCUGACCAUCCGCACGGAACGCAUUUUGAGUCCAAACGGCGUGAGCACCGUGCUUAGUCCGCGCGUGACCAGCGGCGCCUGCCACGAGGAUCCCAAAUCCGAGUUUCUCAAAUCAUUCGCACUGACGCCCAUCAAGGUGAAGCUGGAGUCGCCGGAGAAGCCGGGCAAUGCAGCGCCAGCACCGCCAGCUGCCGCCGCCAAGUCCAAGUCCAAUCUGGACGACAGCCUGCUGAUGAAGCCGCCCAGCGCGAUGCCGCCCAAGUCGAUAGCUUCGUCCAAGCGCAAGAGCAAGGAGCCCGUCAAGGCCGUGUCCAAGAAGCCGAAGCUGUCGCCGCCGCUGCCGCGCGAGGACUUCAAGAUACGUCUGCCCGCGCCCAACAGCUGCCCCUCGCCGCCGCCCCCGCAGCCGCAGCCGCUCGCCUCUGACAAGCCUCUGAUGCCGCCGCCGCCGGCCAAGCCGUUGCCCGUGCCAGCCGCCCGCAAGGCGGCACAGCUGCCGCCCAGCCCCUAUCCGGCGGCGCACGCUCCGCCGCUGCCGCCGCAUCAUCAGGGCAUGCAGAUGGCAGCGCCCGGCAAUCGGACGCCCAUUGCCAAGCGAUAUCAGCCCAUAUUGCCGAAGGCGGCGCGUCCCAAUCCGUUCGCCAAUAUACCCAGCGAUGUGAAUCGUCUGCUCAAGGAUGUCGGCACCGAGAUCAAGUCGAUUGGCAGCCAGGCCAAGGCGCACGUCUACGGGCCCAAGAUGCCGGAGCACAAGAUGGGGCCGCCGAGCGCGCUGCACAAGCCCAACAACAACGCGAACAACUCGAACAGCAACUCGAACAACAACAACAACUCGAACUCGAACAACAACAAAUCGAACUACUUGAAUUUGGCUCUGUUCAAUGCCAGCAAGUCGAAGGGCAAGGAGGCGCCGCCCGGCUGCCGCACGCCCAUGUACACGCCCAAUUCGCCCAUCUAUUCGCCCAGUUCGCCGCAAUAUGUGUCCAACUAUAAUAUACCGACCAUGCCCACCUACAAAUAUACGCCCAAGCCGACAACAACCAACAACAACAACAACAGCAACAACAACUCGACAACAACAACAAAUGCGAGCAACUAUUUGCAGAGCAUGUUAAAUGGCGCCGGAGUUGGCGGCGCGGGCGGCGGCGGCGGUCUCUUUCCCACGCCGCCGACCAAAACGGAUCAGAACACAAAUCCGGCCGCCGAGGAUGCGCCCGAGAAGCAGCAGGUCAAGGUCAAGUCUCUUUUGAAUUCAUGCAACAUCAAUAUACCCUCGUCGCUGUCGAUAACCAUUUCGCGGGACAACGGAGACGCCUCCUCGCCGAGCAGCGGCGGCCAUGCCAAGCACAAGAGUCCGGUCAACAAUUAUAUCGAAAUUGUCAAGCUGCCCGAUCAGCCGGCGGCGCCUGCCGAGCACAAGGAGCCGGCCAAGACAACGACAACGACACCUCAGCCGCCCGUCAAGCUGCCGGCGCCGCCCAGCAAGACGAUACCCUCGCCGCAGCAUUUGCUGGCGCGCCUGACCCCACCCGCCGCUGCAGCUGUGCCGGCCAAGACCUCGCCCAAGGCAACGCCCCCGGCCAAGCCGGUGCUGACGCCCCAGCAGUCCGAUAAGAAGACGCCCAGCCCGGAGAAGCGCGCCGCCAGCCAGGGCAGCCAUUCGCCCAAUUCCAGCGAGAACAAAUCACCCAAAUCCGCGCAAGCGUCUGCUGCUGCUGCAGCUGCUGCCUCUGGCUGUGCCACGCCCAAUGGCGGCGAGUCGGCAGCCAAAAAGUUUCGACCAAUUUUGCCGCGUCAGAAUGCCACAAACGGAGGCGCCACAACGGAGCCCAAGCUGCUGCCACAGCAGCCCGCAGGCUACAACUUUGCCGCCAAUUUGCCCAACAGCAAAAAGGUGCCCGCCAGCAAAAAGUCACCCGGCGCCGGAGGAGGCGGAGGCGGAACGCCAGCCAAGCUCGCGCACGCCAAUGGCAGCCAGGCUUUGUGCAAGGCCAGCGCCAAACGCAAACAGGCAACGCCGCCGCCGCCGGCAGCUCUCAGCUCGAGCUUGAAAUUUAUGGGUCCACCAGCGGCUGGACAUGGUCAUGCCCAUCCGCAUCCUCAUCCGCAUCUGCCCAAUCCGAAUGCGCCGCUGAGCAUCGCGUCGAGCGCCAAUCAGCUGGACUUGAGCAACUUUCUCAAGGACAAUCUGCGCGCCCAGGCGGCCGCCCAGGUGGCCCAGGCGGCGGCUGCGGCCAAUCAAUCGAAUCUCCUGUACAACUUUGCGCCCGCCAUUUACAACUAUCAGCAGGCCUAUCUGAUGGAUCAGCUCUCCCGCAUGCAGCGUGCCGGCAACGAGGUCUUCAACGAUUAUCUGCAGAAGCUGAAGAGUGCGGCCAUCGCGGGCGGAGAUGCCGGUGCAGGAGCAGGAUCUGGAGCUGGAGGUGAGCAUAGACAGGCCGUGAUGCCCAUGUUGCCCACCGUAACGCUGCCAACGGCCGCCAGUCAAGCGAUUGCAGCCAGUCCCAAGACCUCGCCACAUGCCGCCGCGCACAAACUGACGCCGGCAGCGACGCCAACGACGACGACGCUGGCCAAGAGCAACAGCAGCGGCGGCGGCGGCGGUGGCAGCGGCAGCGCCCGGCCGCAAGCAGCGGCAACCAGCAACAAUGCGCUGGCCAAGAGCAAGUGAAGCCGCGUCAACCAACCACCCAAAAACCACCCCCCACUCGGAGCAACCCCUCACUAACCCUCUGGGGUAAAGGCGUGCACUAAUUAAUAUUUAAAGAGUUUACAUUUUGUUUUUAGUUUUUUCAUAAGCUGUUGUUAUACGAGUUUUUUCCAUUUCGUUUGACUUUGUGUACAUAGGAGAAGCGGCAUAAAAGCGCUGUAAAUAUUAUAUAAUAAUAUAUAGCUAUGAUUAACAUAAAUAUAUACGAUUUACAUUGUAAACAUCUAUUUAGAUUAAGACACAAAGCGAUUCAGAAUCAAUAUACACAUACGACACCCGUUCGUAUCUAAUAUUAACAAUAUGCAUAUUUAUUUAAAGCCAACUUUGACUUAAUUCCAGGCCAAGAAUAUGCGCUGAAAAUAGCCAUAAAAAAUGAAAGAAACAGCUUUCAGUUUGUUUAAUUGUAAAAGCUCAAGAAAGCUCACUAAGCAGAGCUUAAGUAAAGCAAAUGUCAGCUUUUGACUUGAUUAAUUGUAAAUGAUUAAAGCUCAAUGCAGCUAGAAAAGCUUUGAGAACAAAUGAAAGCUUUCAGCUUGUUUGCCUGUAAAUAUUUAAUACAUUAAGAAAGCAACUGAAAGCUUUUGAAGUGCUUAAAAAGGGUAAACAAUUAAAGCUCACUUAAAGCUCAAGCUGAGAGGCAAAGCUUUGCAGACAUUUGCCACUUCAUAAAUUGUAUAGAAUUAAGCACAUUUUAAGCUGCCAAGAGCUGAAAAGCAGAGCUUUAAGUGCGGCUGCAAGCUUUCAGCGUGAUUAAUCGCACACUUAAAGCUAAAGUUAUACGCCAAGUAACUACAGACAAGCAAACUUAAAGCUCACUUAAAGCUCAAUCUUAUAAAUAGAGCUUUGCAAACAUUUACAGCUUAAUACAUUGUAUACAAUUAAGCACACUUAAAGCUGCAAAGAGCUCAAAAGCAGAGCUUUAAGCGCAGCUGAAAGCUUUUGAGACUUUCGAGCUAACGAAACUUUCGUUGAGAGCCAUUUUGAUGUCUAGUUUUAAGUGCCAACGGCCAAGUUGAAGUAUAAACACAAAACAAAAUGUUUCACAAAUUGUAAAUAGGCACACAGAAUUUUGUGUACACGAUUUUUAUAUCCAAAACAUAUUCCAUAAGCACGAGCUAAUCGAUAAUAAAAACCUAUUUAUA